GGGAGCGUACUCUACGUAAAUUUCCCUCCAUUUAUUAACAUCAACUUAACGCCGCUCAUGUCUGUUGAUUUGCGUUUGUUAGGUUUUCGCUUUCGUUUCUGUUAUUGUGUGUGUCGUCGUUUUGAGUUUUCUCUGCAUUGCACAUAGUACAAGAUAUUUUUUUGUUGCGAAAAAGAACUAUUUGAAAUUAAAUAGAUAUUCAAUUGCUUGAAUUCACAUGUAAUAAAAGGCAAAUUAACCUGCCAUCGACCGGCUUAACAUAGAAAAAGUAUUUAGAUAUGAAUACACGACGCAGCACUGGCAGUAAUAUACGCAUUAAAAUAAAUAAUUCAUCAUCAAAAUCAUAUGCCAUGGCUGGAUCAUUGAAUAAGAAUCUAACUCCCGAAUGGUAUGAGAAGAAUGCCAAAAUAUGUGGCCUAGUAUCACAACAUCCAUAUAUGUAUGAUCGUUCCCAUCCCGAUUAUAUGCGUAAAUCAAGUGUAGAUAAUGCAUGGCAGGAGAUAUCCGAGUCAAUGCACGAUUCGGUGAAAAAGUGUAAGGAACGUUGGCGCAAUAUCCGUACAAGUUUUGCACGUUCCAUUAAUGUGCAUAGUGCGUCGGGAUCGAAUCGCAUGAAACCGUAUUAUCUAACCAAUGAGUUGCAAUUCCUUAAGAAGCAUAUAACACCCGGUGUACCCAUACCCAUACGUGGAAGACGUUCACGUGGCAGCAACAUCGAUCCUGAUGAUGACGAUGAUGGUGAUGACGACGAUGAUGAUGAUGAAGAUGAUGCCGAUGAUGAAGCAAUCGAAGAGGAAGAUGUCAAACUAACUGUGGAAAUAAAUAAACAUUCGUUAAGUAGCAAUGAGAAUAGCCGUGAUAGUUCUCAUUUGGCCUCCGAUGCGGAGCAUGCGCAGAUUACCAAUGCCAAUAGCAGUCGCAAAACCAACAAUAACAACAACGGUGUCCAUUGCAAGGAGGAGCACGAAGAGAUGCUGGGCCAAAGUACUGGCGAUGAGUCCUAUCAAACCAGUAAUCGUGCUUGUCCGCCCAAAAAGCGUCAGCGUUUAAAUCUAGAGAAGAAUAAAUUACAUGACCCUAAAGAGAAGAUACAAACUCCAAAUUGCAUAACUUCUGUACCUCCACAACAAGCACCAGCACCAGCUACAGCUAUCGAUUUUGAUGAUGCCUUCCUUCAGAGUCUACGUCCAGAGAUUAAACAUAUGAAUUUUCAUCAGAAAUUAUAUUUUAAACGACGUGUCUAUGAUCUUUUGGGUGAAAUCUUACAAAAUAAUGAAGAGUCGUCCACUUUGCAUGAUCAUCAGAAGCAGCAGCAUCAGCAGCAGCAUCAGCAGCAACAAAUGGCAGCACGUUGUCUUCUAAAUGGGGGCGGUAAUGUGAGUGCCACGCCCUCGGGUGCUUUACAACAUUUGGGUUUGACUCUACAGCUGCCCAAAUUGAUGCCCAGAACCACCAAAGAAUCAUAAGGAAUGUGUAAUGUUUUAUACACAGCUUUCACAUUCGAAUUUAAAACCAUAAAAAAAAAACCAUACAAAAUAUAAGCCUCUAUAUAUA